CGUUACUACAAAAGCAGGUGAAACGGAUGAACGAUCAUCAGUCGAUCAGUUGAUUUCAAAUCGAAUUAAGAUGAGCAGAGUAAUAUUUUUGGUGUGCGGACUGUGUGUCUUCGUUGCUGGUCAAAAUAUAAUCGAUAAGAACGAUGUUAAAAAAAGAAGUACGUAUGAUACCGAUAAUGGUCAAAAAGUACAACUCGAACAAGGAACACCCGACCAAGGAGUAUACGACCAAAACGAUUUCGGAAAAGGGGUAUCACUAGAUCAAGGAGCAUACGAACAAACAGUAGCAGUAGAUCAAGGGACACACAACCAGUUAAGCCAAGUGGCACAAGACCAAAUUACACACAGUCAAGAAGCGUACGGUUUGCAAAGUAAUCAAGUCCAAGAGGUACACGGUGAGAAUCUUUCUAAUGGGCCGGCAAAAGUCCAAUACCAGACGAUCGAAAAGGAGGUGAUCCAACCAUACCCGGUCGAAGUGGAGAAACGCGUACCAUACCCGGUAAAGGUCGAAGUACCCGUCGAUCGCCCUUAUCCAGUGCAAGUACCCAAGCCGUACCUGGUUCAAGUAGAAAAACCUGUCCCAUACGAAGUCAAAGUCAACGUACCACAACCAUACACCGUCUACAAGCACGUCCCUUAUGAAGUAAAGGUACCCGUCGACAAACCAUACACCGUCCAUGUACCCGUUCCGUACACAGUGCACGUCCAGAAAUUGGUUCCAUACGAAGUCAUCAAACACGUCCCUUACCCCACCAGCAUGUUCGUCGACAGACCGUACACCGUGCUCGUGCCAUACGAGAAGCACGUACCGUAUAUGGUGAACAGGCCGGUUCCCUACCCAGUCAGCGUGCCCGUUGACAAGCCAUACCAGGUAAUCGUCGAGAAGCGCGUACCGUUCACCGUAAACAAACCCGUUCCGUAUAUCGUGCACAAGCCAGUUCCGUACCAGGUUAAAGUUCCACAGAGAAUUGAAGUUCCGGUACCAUAUCCGGCUGGUUCUCAAACUGAAAAGCCCUUUGAACCCAUUGAUGAGCACCCAGUAAAAGUCUGUAUAACGAUGACAGUAAUGUUGUUGAAAAUGACGUAUGUCAUCGGGUUGUGCACGUUAGUCGCUGGCGGAACAGAGCCGCAGACCAACAAAACUGAGGAGACCGCCGCGGCGACGACGACGACUACAACAACGCCAGCGGUGACGAUAACUGACGACGGCAAAGGACAUGACAAAAGAGGCAUAUUCGACACCGGUUACGGUUAUGCCGCGACUAGUUUCAGCAAUGUAGUACACGGUCAACACUUCAAGCACAGGCACGAGCAGAGAGUGAUCGCCAAGACGAUCAUCCAGGAGGUGGCCCAACCGUAUCCGGUUGAAGUCGAAAAACGCAUACCGUACCCAGUAAAGGUCGAAGUACCCGUCGACCGCCCUUAUCCGGUGCACGUUCCCAAGCCAUAUCCGGUGCACGUCGACAAGCCCGUCCCGUACGAAGUCAAAGUCAACGUGCCACAACCCUAUAUAGUCUACAAGCAAGUCCCGUACGAAGUCAAGUAUCCAGUCGACAAACCGUACACAGUUCACGUACCCCAACCAUACACUGUUUACGUCGAGAAACGCGUACCUUACGAAGUCGUCAAGCACGUCCCUUAUCCCGUUAAGGUUUUUGUCGAUAAGCCGUACACCGUGCAAGUGCCCGUCGACAAACACGUCCCGUACACCGUCGAAAAACCCGUACCCUAUCCGGUUAAAGUACCAGUAGACCGCCCGUACCCGGUGACCGUCGAGAAGCACGUGCCGUAUCCCGUUGACAAACCGGUGCCUUAUCCGGUCGAGAAACCAGUGCCUUACCCCGUCAAAGUUCCGGUAAAAGUCCACGUCCCGGUACCUUACGAAGUGAACAGCCACGAACAAAAACUAUAUGAUCAGACUCAACGUAAAGAAGAAACAGAAGAACAGCAACAGCAGUACGAAUCUGAAGAUAAACAGCAAGAACAGCAAUACGAAACAGAAGAACAAUCUCAACCGCAACAAUACGGACCCGAAGAACAAUCUCAACCAGAAGUACAGACACAGCCACAACAAUAUGAACCUGAAGCACAAUCUCAACCACAACAAUAUGAGCCUGAAAUACAGUCACAACCACAACAAUACGAACACGAAGAACAAUUGCAACCACAACUGCAGUAUGUAAAUGAAAUAAAAUCACAACAACGACAACUGCAAUAUAAAAACGAAGAACAGUUACAAAAACAAGAUGAUCGCAAUGAACAACCACAACAACCUGACGAACGUUCGGAACAAACACAGCAACAAGACGGUGAGCCAGAGAACGUCGAUUAUCGAUAACUAUUUUGUUUUUAUUUUAUUUUUACGAGUCACAAGUUAUAGUCACAUUAUAAUGUGAUUAGGUUAGAUUUUGUGUUACGGUUAACAAAACCGAAUGUAUUCACCCAUGUAUUUACAUCGGUUGAUAACGAAUAUUAUGUAUAUAGCUAUAAUGAUGAAAUCAAAUAAAGACUUAUUUUAUAUUAAA